AUGGACGCCCAGGUAGGAGAGUCGUCGGCGUGCGCGACUGCACUGCUUUGCGGCGUAAAGGCCAACUACGAGACACUUGGGCUGGAUUCCUCGGCCAAGUUCGACAAUUGUCUGUCCAGCAAAACGGCAAGGGUGACGUCGAUCGUCGACUGGGCUCAACGAGAAGGCAAAUCCACGGGGAUGGUAACAACAACUCGUGUGACUCAUGCUACGCCGGCAGCGCUGUAUGCUCAUGCUUCAAGUCGUUACUGGGAAGAUGAUAGUAAAGUGCCUUCAGCAGCGCGGGCUUCUUGUAAAGAUAUCGCUCGACAACUUCUGGAAGAUGAACCAGGACGUAAUAUUAAUGUAAUACUGGGAGGAGGUAGAAGACAUUUUGUAUCAAAAGUAGCUCAAGACCCCGAAGAGCCAGAAAAAGAAGGCCGCCGACUUGACGGGAGAAAUUUAAUAACAGAGUGGACCAAGUACCACCAAAACAUGGCGGCGAAGUACGUGUACUCAAAAGAGCAAUUCGACGAAAUAGAUCCGGCGCGGGUCAAUUAUCUCUUGGGAUUAUUUGCUUACUCGCACAUGGAUUUUGACGUCGAUCGCAACACCACCGGAACCGGAGACCCAUCCCUCGCUGAAAUGACGAUCAAAGCGCUCAGGAUUCUCAAACGGAAUCCCAAAGGGUUUUUCUUGUUUGUUGAAGGUGGAAGGAUAGACCAUGCGCAUCAUUACAACAACGCUUACCGAGCCCUCGAUGAGACCCUUGCGAUGGAGGAAGCAGUUCGAGCGGUUAUGGAAGAAGUUGACCUCUCGGAGACGCUUCUGGUGGUCACGGCUGACCACUCCCACGUAUUGACUCUCGGCGGACUGGCUACGAUCCGUGGGAACCCAAUCUUCGAGCUUUCAAUAGCUUUCAAU